AUGGACCAUCUCCCCUUCCUCCGAGCAGUCGUCAGGGAAACGCUCCGGCUGCAAAUGCUCGUGCCGUUCGUGCCCAACAAGGCUGCCACGUCGGUGCAGGUGCAUGGCUAUACCAUCCCCAAGGGAAGCACCGUCAUAAUGAACCUUUGGGGGGUCCACCACGACGCCGAGGUAUGGCCGGAGCCUGACAGGUUUAUCCCUGACAGGUUUCUAGGCGACAAGGAGUUCCAUUUCCUAGGAGCGGACUUGGAGUUCAUUCCUUUCAGCGCUGGAAGGCGGAUUUGCCUAGUGUUUCCCCUCGCCAGUAGGAUGAUGCAUGUGAUACUCGCCACUUUGCUACAUCGUUUCGAAUGGGCGCUGCCUCGGUUGGCUGAGCAAAAUGGUGUUGAUAUGUCGGAGAAGAUUGGGGUGACCUUGUCCAUGGCUAACCCUCUCAAGGCUAUACCCAAGCCAAUAUAA